AUGAUUACUCUCCGGGCGAGCCUGGUCGCCCUCCUGGCAACCCACGCAACAGCAGCCGCCCAGAUUCCCCUCGGCUCUUCUCGCCACGCCAAAUACACCCUCGACGCAAUCAAGCCCCUUUUCAACCCCGAUACCGGCCUGACCAAGUGUUGCCCCGAAGGAACGCUCUUUGACGGGAAAAGCUGCAUCCUCGGCGUCCCCAAAUGCCCGCACGAGACGACAUUCAAGGACGGCCGCUGCAUCUCCACCGUCAAGCCAGCAUGCAGCGAGGGCUCCGAGCUGGAAGGCAACGUUUGCGUCACCAUAGCGAAGGCCUCCUGCCCUCCCCCGCUGCAGUUCAGAGACAAGGCCUGCAUCUACGAUGAGCCCCCCAAGUGUCCUUCCACCUUUUAUUUGGAGGGCCAGGUCUGCGUCUCUGACAAGAAGCCUUUCUGCGGCGACGGGGACCGGUUCAACGGCAAGGGCUGCGUCAACACCAUCGGUCCGUCCUGCCCCGAGGGUUCCAGCCACACCAAUGGUGCUUGCGUCAACAUCCUCCCCCCGAGUUGCUCUGGAAAGAGCCAGUACGACAAGACACUCAAGGCCUGCGUCCAUCACCAGUCCCCGGAAUGUCCUCCCGGUAGCACCCUUAAGGGAAGCAACUGUGUGGCUGACGGCCCCCAGUGCCCAGAGGACACCAACUUUGACGCAAAGACGCAGACAUGUGUCUUGAGGACUCCUCCGGAGUGCCCUCCCGGCUACAAGCUGGAGGGCGAGCGGUGCAUUGCUACAGAUGAGCCGUCCUGCACCCCCGGCACGGAGCUGGUUGUUGACCAAAAGGCCCGCACAGCCCGUUGCUGCGCAUCCGGAAUGAAGUUGGAGGGAGAAGUAUGCUACCGCAAGGUCCCCCACGACGGCGAGUGUCCGCCGAACACCACGCCGAUCGGAGACCGCUGCCAGUUCACCACGCCCCCGCCGCCCAUCUGCCCGCCUGGCACCAAGCUCACCCGCGACCAGUGCGAGCUGAUCGACCCUCCCGACUGUCCGCCCGGCUACACCCGGGAUGGAGUCAUCUGCUCGGCCGUAGAGAAGCCAGUCUGCCCCGGAGACUCCACCCUUACAAACGGCCAGUGCAUCGCCACGUCAAAGGUCCAAUGCCCCUCGGGAUCGAUCCUCCAAGGCCAGGUUUGUAUCGUCGGCCCGCCGUCUUGUUCUUCUGGUACUUGGAACGGUGCCCAUUGCGUCGUGGGCCGGCCUAGAUGCAUGGACGGCGGCUACUACGUCGAUGACGACUGCCUCAAGCCUGAAAUCCCGAGCUGCAUCGACAACACAAUAUUUGACGGCGGUCGCUGUAUCUCGAAGGAGUCUCCCCAGUGCUCUCAAGGGCAGUUGAGCAACGGUACCUGCGUCGGUUCCGCCAUACCAACAUGCCCACAAGGCUCGACCCUCGACGGCGGCUCAUGUUUGAAGGGCCCUCCCACCUGUCCUCCGGGCCAGAUCCUCCAGAAUAACGUCUGCAAUCACAUCGAGGACCCGGAGUGCGCUCCAGGCUACGACUUCAUCGGUGGCCAAUGCAAGAGCGUCGACGAGGAGACCUGCCCUCCAGGCUACGUCCACAAGAACGGCGACUGUAUCAACGAUGAAAAGCCCAAGUGCGCCGGGAACACACACUUCAACGGCACCGCCUGUGUCGGCGACGACCCCGGCUGUCCGCCCAGAGCCACAUUCGUCGGAGGAAAGUGCCGAUUGGCCGAGGAGCCGGCAUGUCCUCCUGGCUUCCAUUUCGAUUCAAAGCAUUGCGUGGCAAAAGAGAAGCCAGAUUGUGCACCUGGUACGGAAUGGGAUGAGGCCUCCGGCCAAUGCAUCGGAGAGGAGAAGCCCAAGUGCCCGCAGGGUCAGAAGUUCAACGGCGUGCAGUGUGCGCUGGAGACGGGAGACUGCAUGGAGUUCGAGUACUGUCCUCCAGGGAAUAACAUGUUGCUCAUGAGUACGAUUUGA